AUGUCGGCGUCUCGACGAAAAACUCUGAGCAUUUCUGAACAGUUGGAGCUCAUCGACGAUGUCAAAGUGAAGAAACUCAAACUGGCCGCUGCAGCCAAAAAGUACGGAAUCGGUUAUUCAACAGCAGCAAAAAUUCUCAAGAAAGAAGACGAUCUCAAAUCUUGCAUGCAAAUGAACGGAAACACUAAUCGCAAACGAAAGCGCCAAUCCGUGCACAAGGACGUUAACGAAGCGCUUACACAAUGGUUUACGCAAGCAUGUGCUCAUGGAGCUACCGUCACCGAUCACGUCAUCAGGCAGAAAGCAUCACAACUGGCUGUAAAUCUUGAAGUUGAUUUUGAACCGAGCAAUGGCUGGCUCAUGCGCUGGAAGCAGGCCAAUAACGUUUCGUUCAAAAAAUUAAAAAAAGCCGGCUUUGUCAUUGAAUCACAGGCUGAAGUGGAAGAAAUACUCGACGAAAAUGAUCAAGUUUCUCCACCAUCGGGCAAGGAGCAAACUAACAGAUUUUGA